AUCUUAUUUUAGCCAUGCUAACUUGGCUAACUUGUGCGUUAGCCGGCUAAAGGCAGUUGAAAGCUCAAGAUUUGAAUGUGUACGAACAUAUGUAUAUCCAUUACAUCUACAACUUGAGCCUUCAGUCCAAAAGUUUAGGGUCAUUUCACCAGUCGGAAACAAUCACGUUCUCGUGAAAGUCACUCGGUGUUCGACUCCUAAUCUCAGUUAUCUAUGCUCUAUGUCUUGAGUAGUGGUUCCCUGAUUACAGACUACUCGUCGAACACCACACUAUCAGUUUUAUCAGUUGUCGUCCGUUAAUCGCAGCGGCGAUCACUUAAAAACUCACGAAAUUACGCCCGCGAAGGUACUUUUGAAUAGACCACGAAUUCGGCCGGACCGAUUGACUGGAAUGGAAAUCGUAAUACACUUUCUGCACAAAAUCGCCCCCAUAUUUCUGGCCCACGGCAUUGUCGGCAUUAUCGCCUUUUGUGUGAGGCUGUAUAUGCAAGGGGGAAAGUUCAGGAAGCAGACCGAUGAGACGGGCAAAGUGGCCAUCGUCACUGGCGGAAACACGGGUCUCGGCAGGGAAACGGUGAUGGAGUUGGCCAGAAGAGGAGCCACCGUCUACAUGGCCUGCCGGAGUAAGGAAAAAGGCGAAAGAGCUCGGAAGGAAAUCGUCAGAAAGACCGGAAACCCGAACGUUUUCUCCCGGGAGUGCGACUUGUCCUCUCUGGACUCCAUUCGGCAGUUUGCAGCAGACUUCAAGAAAGAGCAAAGCGAACUGCACGUCCUGAUAAACAAUGCCGGUGUGUUUUGGGAGCCGCGCAGACUGACAAAGGAGGGGUUCGAAAUGCACCUGGGAGUCAACCACAUUGGCCACUUCUUGCUGACCAACCUGUUGCUCGAUGUGCUGGAGAGGUCAGCUCCUAGCCGGGUGGUGGUGGUGGCGAGUAAGGCGCACGAACGGGGUCAUAUCCACGUGGAGGACAUGCACGGCCAGGACUUCUACGACGAGGGCGUGGCCUACUGCCAGAGCAAGCUGGCCAACAUACUGUUCGCCCGCGAGCUCGCCAAGCGACUGGAGGGAACGGGCGUCACGGUGAACGCCCUCAACCCCGGCAUCGCGGACACGGAGAUUGCCAGGAACAUGAUCUUCUUCCAAACAAAGUUCGCUCAGUAUGUGGACCCUUCUGAGGCCGCUGCUCUGGUCAGUGAUGAAGACCCCCAGAAACGGGGCCCAGACCACGUUAUAUGCUGCCCUGGACCCCGAUCUCGCCAAGGUAUCGGGCCAGUACUUCAGCGACUGCAAACUGGCUCCUGUUGCCCCCGCUGCUUUGGACGAUCACAUGGCCAACUGGCUGUGGACCCAGUCGGAGAAGUGGACGCAAAUUGCUCUCUAAAUUGGGUCAUACGGGUACUGUUAUCUAGCUAGUCGCUAUUUAAGUCAACUAAUUGUAUAUAAAGACAUUGUUAUUUAUUAAUAAAAUUUGUGAAUAUCACAUUAA